AUGGAGUCCGAGAGCUCGGACUCCUUUGACAGGGAAGAUCUGCGUAAAGUUCCCGAAGAGUCUCAUUUGGGAGCCAAGUCGAGUGAAGGACGAGUUCGAAUUAAACAAGGCAACCGCAAGGAUCCAAGAUGA